UAUUAAAUAGAUGAUUUCAUUUAUUUUCAGCCAAUUCAGUUGCUUCAUUUCAAUAUGGAAAUAUCAAAGCCUGGAAAAUUACCAGUUGGAAGAACAGAAAUUCCAUUUGAAAUACCUCUCAAACCAAAGCCAAACAAAACUUUAUAUGAAACAUAUCAUGGAGUAUUUAUUAGCAUUCAGUACAUGCUUCGUUGCGAAAUGAAAAGAUCAAUUUUAAAUAAGGAUUUGUUGAAGACUAUCGAAUUUAUUGUUGAAUAUAAGGUAAGUGAAUCUAAGCGAAAUAUUGUGCAAAAUUUAAAUAGUAAAAUAUUUUGGUUUGUCAUCAUUUAUAGAAGAAAAAUUCCAAAUUUCCUGAUCGCGGGAAAGCUCGAUUCUACUGUUUGCUCAAUUACGCAGCCAUUUAAUGGAGAGAUCUGCGUAGAAAAGUGUGACACUCAAAUUCGAUCCAUCGAACUGCAGUUGGUCAGACUGGAGACUUGCGGUUGUGCUGAAGGAUAUUCCAGAGAUGCAACGGAGAUUCAAAAUAUUCAGAUAGGAGAAGGCGACAUCUGCAGGGGCAUUGCCAUUCCUAUUUACAUGGUGUUUCCGAGAUUAUUUACUUGUCCAACUCUAAUCACAAACAAUUUCAAAAUAGAGUUUGAAGUGAACAUUGUCGUGGUAUUCGAAGACGACAGACUGAUCACGGAAAAUUUUCCAAUAAGGCUGACGAGGUUCUGAUUGUGUUGUUGUUCUUUCAAAAAUCAUUGUAUAAAAAAAUCAAUAAAAAUAUUUCAUACUUAA